AUGUCAGCGAAUCACUUAGUCGAGAGCCUUGACUCAAAGAGGCUGGAGGGUUCAAUCUUGACUCUUGACUUAAGUCUCUUAUUCAUUGGUCUGUUGUGUCUCGGUCUGGUGACGUUGCUUGCCGAUUAUGCGUAUAUGCUGUACAUACACAGGAAACUGCCACCUGGUCCCAUACCACUACCGUUGAUCGGCAAUACUCAUCUUCUUCCGGAGAACAAACCAUGGAUCUACUUCGAGGCGCUGGCAAAGCAAUAUGACAGUCCGGUCAUUACUUUCUGGAUCGGUCGCAAUCCAACAAUCUGGAUCAAUGAUGCAUGGGCAGCCUCAGAGCUUCUUGACAAGAAAGCUGCUCUCUACGCAUCAAGACCGCGAAUGCUAGUCUUCUCGGAGCUAAGCGGUGUGGGUCAAUACAACCUCGUCAACAUGUACUACGGCGACCGCUGGCGAGUGCAUCGCAAAUUGACCCAUCAAGGUGUCGGUCUGCAGCAGGUGCGCAAGUAUCGUGGCUUCCAGAACAAUGAGAGCCAGGUAAUGGCGUUUAAUAUUCUGCAUGAUCCAGAGCGCUUUGUGACCCACAUGGAGCGAUACGCCACUUCGGUUGUUUCGAUCAUCGGUUUUGGGAGACGAGUCGCUAGUAUAUCAGAUCCGCUCAUAACGCAGGUGCUUGCGAUCAUGCAGCGAGCAGCAGAACUCAACGUUCCUGGUAAAAGCUUCCCUAUGAUCAUGGAAACCUUCCCGUGGCUAGCAAAGUUUCCGAAAAGGAUCGCCCCUUGGUUGAAGCCAUUUGGAAAAGGGGGCCGUGGAAGCGCGUUCUACUACGCCCUUGCCGAUGAGGCCAACAAGACUUCACAGCAAGAGCCUUGCUACGUCAAACAGCUGUUCAGAGAGGCUCCCAAGUACAAUCUCAUCCCAACAGAGAUUGCCUCACUCACUGGAAAUCUCUUCGGCGCAGGCAGUGACACAUCUAGUUCUACCCUUGUAACGUUUGCAUUGGCAUGCUGCGCCUUUCCCGAAACACUUCCUGCUGCUUGGGAAGAACUUGACCGCGUAGUUGGUUCCCAUCGCAGCCCGAGCUGGGAGGAUGAGCCACACUUGCCAUACGUCAAGGCUUUUGUGAAGGAGGUCUUUCGAUGGAGGUCGGUGGCCAUCAUCGGCGGACAGCCUCAUUCCCCAACAAAGGACGACUAUUGGAAAGGAUAUCUGAUUCCUAAAAAUUCAUGGGUUCAGGGCAACACUUGGGCAAUCCAUCACAAUGAACGAGAGUUCCCAGAACCGGAUAGAUUCAACCCCAAUCGCUUUUUGUGCGACAGCUCGGAUUCCCGGCCUUUUCCAAACGACAAAGGAUACAUGACUUUUGGUUGGGGUAGAAGAGUGUGUAGUGGACAAGGCCUCGCCGAACAGGGAACAUUCAUCAGCAUUGCUCGACUCCUCUGGGCGUUCCGCAUCGAGAAGGCCAGAAACAAGGAUGGGCAAGAGGUCCCUGUCGACAUAUUUGCAUACACUAAUGGGCUGAAUAUGCGCCCUGAGCCUUUCAGUUGCUCGAUCGUACCUCGGUCAGAGCCGAUUAGAGAUACCAUUGUGGCAGAAGGCAAGGAAGCGCUACUCGAGCUGUCAGUCUACGAUGGAGAGACGAAGUAUACACUGAGCCAGUUCUACGAAAAACCUAACGUGGGGUAG